AUGGAGUUCGCCAUAAGGUUGCCAUUCCAUAUUACUCACAAACAAGUGGGCAUGGGGAGGUGUCAAACAGAGAAAUCAAGAGUAUUUUUUACCAAAACUAUAAAUUCUACUCGGACUGAUUGCGCGAAAAAAUUGGAUGAUGUGUUAUGGGCUUACUGCACUGCUUUCAAAAAUCCGAUUGGUAUGUCACCAUACAAAUUGGUGUUUGUAAAGGCAUGUCACUUACCAGAGGAGUUAGAGCAUAGAGACUUCUGGGCGCUACGACAAUUAAAUCUGGACUUGGAGGCUGCUGGAACGAGCAGAGUCACAGAACUGCAUGAACUUUAUGAGUUCCGUUACCAUGGUUUUGAAAGUACAAGGUUAUAUGAGGAAAGAACGAAGCUGGUGCAUGACAAAAACAUUCUAGAGCAAAAUUUUAAACCUGGAGAUGCGGUAUUAUUAUACAAUUCGAGAUUGAAAUUGUUUCCGGGAAAGUUGAAGUCAAGAUGGUCAGGACCAUUCCAUGUGCAAGAGAUGCAUCCCACCGGAGCCAUAGAAAUUGCUUCAGAAGAUGGUUCUCGCAAGUUUAGAGUCAAUGGGCAAAGAUUGAAACAUUACUUGGGCAUGAAUUGGGGAAAAACUAGUAUCGGUGAUUCAUUUGCAAGAGCCAAAAAUGUUGAGUGA